AUGGGCCAAGCACAGAGUACCCCCCUCUCCCUCCUUCUCGCUAAUUUCGGGGAUGUAAAGUCCCGAGGACACAACUUCAGUCUGGAUAUCCGGAGAAGAAAACUAAUUACCUUCUGCCGCUCUGAAUGGCCAACUUUCGGGGUUGGCUGGCCCACCGAGGAACCUCCUGCGGCCCCUCCCGGAGGGCCACCCAGGCCAGAACCGGAGGACCGAGAGGCAGAGGCACUACCGGUCCCCCUGCCCAAUGAAAAUAAUUCCCAGGGGCCGGCUGGGCGUACUCGCGGACGCACUCAGCGCGACCCAGGGUUCCGCCAUCCUGAUUCCACCAUAGCCCUACCCCUGCGAGAAAUAGGCCCUCCCGAUGAGACAGGGAACCCCCGACUCCAGUAUUGGCCAUUCUCUACCAGUGACCUAUAUAAUUGGAAAACCCAGAAUGCCCGUUUUUCUGAUAAUCCUAAAGACUUGAUAGCUCUUCUAGAUAGCGUUAUGUUCACUCAUCAGCCCACCUGGGAUGACUGCCAACAGCUCCUCCGGAUCCUAUUCACUACCGAAGAACGGGAGCGAAUCCAGCUGGAGGCGAGAAAACUGGUUCCUGGAGAUGAUGGUCAACCCACCGCUAACCCUGACCUCAUCAAUGCAGCUUUUCCCUUAACUCGCCCCCCGCAGGAUGAAUGGGACUAUAACACCGGAGAAGGUAGGGGAUGACUGCUCAUUUAUCGCCAGACUCUAAUGGCGGGUCUCCGGGCUGCCGCGCGCAAGCCCACUAAUUUGGCCAAGGUAUAUUCAAUCGUACAAGGUAAAACAGAAAGUCCCUCCUCUUAUUUAGAAAGAUUAAUGGAAGCCUUUAGGCAGUAUACCCCUAUGGAUCCAGAGGCCCCCGAAAAUCAGGCCGCCAUUGUAAUGUCCUUCGUUAACCAGGCAGCCCCUGAUAUUAAAAAGAAACUCCAGAAGUUAGAAGAUCUGGAGGGCAAACAGAUACAGGACUUACUCCGUAUCGCCCAGCGCGUCUUUAAUAACCGGGACGCCCCAGAGGAUAAACAACUUAAAGCCACUGAGAAAAUGACUAAAGUCUUGGCGGCCAUUGUUCAGAAAGAUCAAGAGGGCCCCCCAGCCACUCGACCUCCCAGGCGACCAUUGGACAGAGAUCAAUGUGCCUAUUGCAAGGAAAAGGGCCACUGGGCUCGGGAAUGCCCCAAGAAAAGGCAGCCGCGCCCCAACCAGGGGCAAUGGCAACCGAACGCCACCCCAGUCCUGUUUACGCAUGAUACAAAGUAGGGGGGACGGGGUUCGGAGCCCCUCCCCGAACCCAGGGUAACCCUACGAGUGGAGGGGAAACCAGUCCAAUUCCUGGUGGAUACAGGGGCACAGCAUUCGGUCUUGGUUAAGCCCCACGGGAAAAUUUCUAACAAAUCCUCCUGGGUCCAGGGAGCUACGGGAGUCAAACGUUACCUAUGGACCACUCAGAGAACUGUGGACUUGGGCACGGGAAGGGUAACCCAUACCUUUCUGGUCAUUCCCGAUAGCCCUUGCCCCUUACUGGGGAGGGACUUACUCACUAAAAUGGGAGCACAAAUUCAUUUUCGGCCAGAGGGGCCAAUCGUAACAGACCCUCACGACCAACCCAUAUCUGUGCUCACCCUGAACUUGGAAGAUGAGUACCGACUUCACCAGGAACCACCCUCCCAAAAUCAAGAUAUAGAGUCAUGGCUUCAGCAGUUCCCCGAAGCAUGGGCAGAAACAGGGGGGGUGGGACUAGCCAAACACCGCCCCAACCCGACUACUCGGAGGAUGACAUCAGAUGGAUGA